AUGUUAGGAUCUACGGACCGUUUAAACGUCGAUAGAAUACCUUCAUUAUCUGAUACAUGUUAUCCUUAUCUUGAUGAUGGAUUAAAAUCAAUAAAAUACUUAGAAGUAGAGAAAUUCUUUCCCGGUGUGGAUACAAACAAAUGUCACUUACAGUGUCAAUGUUCAGUUAAUGAAAAAAAUCUCGUUGAACAAUUUAUUUAUUCAUUCACACAAUUUCACCGCUAUAAUUUACCAAAUAUGAAUCAAUUAUAUAAGUUCAAUUCUAUUCAGAGUACACAAAAACCACAUGCAAACCUCGAUGAAGACGAUGAACCCUUAGAUUUGUCAAUGAAAACAGUUUCGUGUGGAAGUAGCCAACAAGAAAAUAUGUAUGGCACUCAAUCUUAUGAAAAGGCGAAUAAAUGUUCACAUAUUUACUGCAAUUGUUCUAACCAUGUAACUUCUAGAAAUUAUUCAAAUGGAGAUAACAGUUUGUGGGCGACAAAUCUACUGAAAAUGCCAGUCCUACUAACACAAGAAGUCUAUUCAACACUAUCAGAUGAAAGUGCAAACACUACAAAUAAUUCAUAUUAUAAGACAGAUGAAUCACUAUUUUGUUCAGUUAUGAAAAAUCCAUCAAGAAAUAAACAAUUCAACCAUCAUCAAUAUGAAAUAAAUUCAAAUAAUUUUACAUACGAUAACACUUGUAAUUUAAACAAAGAAAUAAGACGUCCAUAUACAGAAGCUGAAUUGUCAGCAGCUGUUAAAGCUAUUUGUUUCGGACGAUUAGGAACUCGUAGGGCAGCUAGUGUUUAUGGUAUACCAAGAUCUACACUAAGAAAUAAAAUAUGCAAAUUAAAUGAAUUGAAAAAGUUAGAAGAAAAACGUUUAGGUGGAAAAUCAAUUGUUUUAUCAGAAUUUCUAUUGAAUUUAUUUCAACAAACAAAAUCCUGUUAUGAAUAUUCAUCGAGCAAGAGAGAUUGUUUAAAUUCAUCACUUUUAAAUAAUGAUUCGACAAAUUUAGUUGGUAAAAAUUCAAAUCUAGACGGUCAGCUUACAAAACUACAGUAUACAAAGGAAAUGAAACCUCGAUCACAAAAGAAUUCCACUGGAUACUUGAUGCAUACAGCAAGUCGAGUUGCUUCGAUUUUUCAGGUAAAUUGUCGAAGGAGCUACGUGCAUAAAAAGACUUUGGAUAAUAAAUCAAAAAAUGGAAUAGAUAAACAAAUGUAUUCAAGAAAAUUAUCAUCAAAUCCUAAACUACGUUAUGCAACACAUCAACAACAGAUUCCCCAAUAA